CACUCGUGGUGGUUUCGCGCGCGCAUCCCCCGCCAAGGUGCGACUGUCGUUCGAGAAAACGCAGCGAUUCCGUCCCGGCGAUUGCGUCGCGUCCGCGUUUCUCGCGUCCCGACGCCUCGCGAACGUCUGGAAAUCGCGCGGCCGGCGCCGCGACGCACCGAGACACACCGUGGCACACGUCGUCCGAGGUGUUUUCCCAUACGGCGCGCGGAUAAUCGAAGUUUCGCGGAGCAUGUGAAGACGAUGCUCGGCUCGCGAGGAGAUCGGUCGGCGAGCGCACGAGCGGAUACGCGCGCAUCUGCGGGUCAGUCGGCACCGAAACGCGGCGAAGCAACAACCCCUGUCACAGUUCCCGAGGGUAGAACGGUGCCCAAGGUGUUCCCGGCUCUGUAAACAGCGUUUCGGAGGCGGUGUAUUCGUUUACCGGCUAGUUCGAAGGAACCGAUCCCGCCCGCCUCGAACGAACUCGGUCCAGUGCCACGGAAGAGGGUAACAGUCGCGAGGAGUGUUCCCGAGGAGAGAGAGAGAAAGAGAGAGUCCCUGUGCAUUUUCCCGGUGACAGUGAGUGUUCCCAUGCUACUCGCAGUGCGGAUUCAGGAUACGUUCGAGGAUCGAAGCAGGUGUGUUGUGCCCGGCGCCGGCGAUCCGUAGCGGAAACUCUGCGACUCGCAUCGCCGCGUAAUCACGUCAGGAAUGCACCGGUCUCGUAACGGGGCAUCAUGCUCGGCCGCUUGAAAACGCUGCCGGCCGUUCCGGGCUCCGAUCGAUCCGACGAUCGACGAUAAAGACGCGGCCGGUCGCGCGCGACCCGACACACGGAGCGGAAAACGCGGAACAGAGAACGGAGAGCUUGAAAAAACGCGGCGCUGAAAUACGCGGGGCUGAAAAACGCGGGCCAGAAUUAAGAUCGCCGCGGGAAAGGAAAAGAAAAAAAGAGAUCGCGGAAGAGGGACGGAAUUAAAGUGCGCGAGUUGCUCGCCGGGCCGCGAAUGAUUUGUAGGUCGGAUAUUUGGGAAAUUGCGGCCGCCAGCUGCCGGCGAGGAUGUUCCGGCGAGUGAUCCUGCUAUCGAUCCGGCAUCGACGUCGUUCCUGCCCGGUGACGAACGCCCGGUCGUCCUUCGUGCUCUGAAUCGGAUAAAAAAACGGGCUGUGAAAGUGCGUACGGGUAAACAACAGGCGACACAGUACGCGCGAGGAAACGCGAGAUCGAUCGGCCAUCGCGAGAGGAGUGGCCGCGGCGAGAGUUCCUCGCGAGUGAUAAAUAAAACGGUGCGCCGGAACCGGAGAUACAGGAACGAUCUCCUCGGCAAGCGGCGAGGAGAGAGAGAGAGAGCAGUUGCACGGUGGUUUUCUGUCGCGUUCCUUCGGGCCCCGCCGCCUCCUCCCCAACCUUGAUUUCGCGGCAUUGUCUUCACCCUCGGCCGUGGUCCAGUGUUUCUCGCGUGAAAGCCGAUUCUCUUCUUUUUCGCUCCCCGCGCGCGCGAACCUACGGACAAAGAGGAAACGCGAUCAGCUCGAAGAAGGUCCAUGGAAUAGUGACGCAACCAUGAUCAGGAUGAAGUUUUUUCGGCUCGUUCUGGCACUCCUGGGAGGCACGCACGUCCUCUGCGCACAGCCUUCAGCCUCCCCUACAGUGAACAGCUCCGGUGGAUCCAGCCUGUCCAGCGUGGUCGCCGGAAGCAAGCCGACCAGCCCUGUGAACAAGCCAAUUUUCGACGACAUCGCUGAGCGGAAUGUCACCGCCAUUGUCGGCCAGACAGCGGAAUUGAAUUGUUACGUGAAGCAUCUCGGAGACAGAGUGGUAUCCUGGAUACGGCAAAGGGAUUUGCACAUACUAACGUCCUCCAUCCACGCGUACACGGGGGACGAAAGAUUCUCCGUGAAGCAUCCGGAAGCGUCCAACGAAUGGACGCUGAAGAUCAUCUACGUCCAGCAACGUGACGCAGGAGUUUACGAAUGCCAGGUUAACAGCGAGCCCAAAAUGAGUUUAGCCUUCGGGUUAAGUGUCGAAGAAAGUGCCCCUGUCCCCGCCGCCGGCAUACCGAACGCCAUUCAUCGGACGUUCAACUCAGCCGCGCAGGCGAAGAUCCUUGGUCCGGAGGACGUCUACGUGAAGAAGGGCAGCACGAUAAGCCUCACGUGCACCGUUAAUGUGCAAAGUAUACCGCCCAGCAGCGUUUCGUGGCAUCACGGAGGAGCCGUGGUGGAUUUCGACAGUCCCAGGGGCGGGGUUUCCUUGGAGACGGAGAAGACGGAAAGCGGCACGACGAGCAAACUCUUGGUGACACAGGCCAGAUUGACCGACAGCGGAAAUUACACCUGCAUUCCGAGCAACGCGAAUCCGGCGAGCGUAAUGGUCCACGUGCUGAAUGGCGAGCACCCGGCGGCCAUGCAACACGGCGGAAGCUGCGGCGUGGCGCCGACCAUUCUGCUGGCGACCGUGACGCUGUUAAUCGCGAACCUGCUGAGGUGAGCAGUCUCGUUGUGAACCGUGGCGACUUCGACUAAAUAAAAACGAGCGGUCCGGUCGGUGUGAAAACGGUGCUGCCCACAAAGGGGUCGUGUUCCCUUUGGCCCGCGGGAUCGGAACUAACGGUCGAGGAAUAACACAGAGAGAGAAAGAGAAAGAGAGAGAGAGAGAGGGAGAGGGAGCCGAUAGGCACCGUGGCUCUCGACCCGGGACAGAUCAAUCUGAUCGCGCGAACGUGACACGUGGUGGACACUGUGCGCGAUGGAUCGGCGUAAGGAGGACUCGAAGGACGUCGCAGCCCCGAUUUCCGACGCUCGGCCGAGCGAUCGGGAGUGCGUCGACGAGUCGCCGACGAGUGAGACGUCGAGGAGCCGAGGCCGGCCCUGGAGCAUCGUCGAUCCGACGAAGACUGUCUCGACCGAACGGCUCCAAGUACCUAGACGAUAUUUACGGUUGAACGAUGCGGCGUAGCUAGGAUAAGUCUCUCGCACUCACUAUCUCUCGAUCUCUGUUCUCGCCUGUAUAUAAAGAAGGAGGGGUUCGUCGGCCUCGUUUGUACAGAACAGCGCGUCCGAGGCCGCCCGCCGGAACGUCGUCGAGCCUGAGCUUGCACGUUCCGAGCAUCGGUUCGCAGGACUUUCCCCCACGAGAGAUCAUCGAAUGAUCCACGAUUCUCGCCCAGGCUCGACCUUCGUUCGCUGUUCGACGAACUCCCGAGGCUGGAAAGCGAUUGGAAAAGAGAGAGGGAGCCAAGCAGAGCUAGAGGUCGUCCUCGCGAUAUGUUUCUGUUUGCGUUGAGGAGCGAAAUCGCCGGGGAACUGUGUUUAAUCGAUCGCUUUCCACGUCCCGUAUCCCCUAGCGAACUCGAUAGCGGCGAUUAGUCGUUUGACGUCUUUACUGAAUCAUGCAAUCAGACUCGGUACCUCGCAAGGAUCCCGAGCGCCACGGACUGAACGACGUUAAACGAUAGGUCACGUCGAAUAGGUAAGGACAUUAUGUACAUGUAUACUUAAGAGUGGAUAAUAGGUAUUCGUUGCGUAUCGAAACGGGAGAUGACGGGGAUGAUCGGUGGAUGGGAGAAGCGUAGAAGUUUGUUGUCGUCGAGAGCGUUCGGUUGCCCGACAAAGUGCGCUUAAAACGGGCGACGCGCGUGGAUCCGCUUAGAACACGACCGAAGGAAAAGGGCUCCGGGACUCUCUUAUCAAGUGGAUGGCACUCGAUGAACCGAGCCGCCAGAUGCAUGGCCUCCUCCGCGGACCUACAGCUCGGUAAACGUUAAAUUCCUAAAUCGAAGAUCACGGUGAUCCUGCUAAUCUUUCGUCUCGUCGAUAUUCUUAGUACCUCGAUGUUCCCUAUUGUAUUUAAUCGGACACCUCUCAGUCGAUUCAGUGAGUUCCGGUCACUUAUUCGAGUCUGGAGCCACUUUUCCGACGCUCCGCGAACAUUUCUUUCUUUACACGCGAUUGUACUCUCGCAUCGAAAAGUCUUUCUAAACAGCGGGGAGAAAAGGCAUCUACGUCGCCUACCGUCGAUGCUCGGAAUCAUCGAAACGGCGGCAAGGGAGAUCGCUCGGAAAUCUGCCUUCAACGAAACUGCCUGCGAACUUCGAUCAACCUUACGUUGCGACAUCCCGCCAGAACUGUAUCGCGCGAAAAUGCCGAGGCAAUUUAAUCUCCCCCUUAGAUUCUCAGUCCUCGCGAAACUGAUCAAUAUUCACGGCGAUUUUCUGCAGAAACGAUUGAUUCAAUCAUCGCGCAAAUUACUGCCAGUGCAGCGGCUCGCGUUAAUAAUCGGGCAGCUUUUUGGAACGGAAUAACUUUCUUCGAAAUGACUUGAACGUUUUUUAGCUUAGCUUACGGUAACUGAAAUGAUUUUCUUAUAAUUUUGCCGUUACUUGCAACGACGAGGGAAGUAAAAGACUCGCGUUUUAUUGUCGUUUUUGUCUCAGUCUGCAAGGAAAGUUUAAAAAAUGCGAGUCAAGCUGCAGACGUUGAAACGUGUAAAAAGCACAAGAUUCCUCGCAGCUUUUGGUCGAAAAUUUCGAUGAUAUUUUCAGCCUGCAAAUCACAAAGACCUCCGAAAAGAACUGUUUCGAUCUUCGUUGCAAGUUCAAAUAAAAAGUGAAAGAACGCAGGCGUCUUGUUCUCUUUCAGACCGUCUAACAUUUCGAGAAAAUAGUCGUUUCGUGUACCAUCGAAACAAGUUAUCCUGUUUCAAAAAUGACGCUCGAGCGUUAACGCGAGUCGCUGGGACGUUUCGUGGGAGGUGCAGCGUAUUUUUGGUGAGCUUCCUCGCGGACGAAGUUUGUUUUUCGUUUCGCCGAAUGUCGAAUCGUGGUGGCCGCGAGGCGGUGGCACGACGACGGCGACUUCAUUACAGUAGAUUUACUACGAUGUAACGUAACCGAGUAAAACGAUAUCAUAACGGCUAGCGUGGUUAAGGUGCGACUUUACCUUUAGGACUAACAUAGAUUUUUUAUAAUGUUGUACCACGACGGAGGUAGCGUGUUAAACACGGUUGUAAAACACUGCCGGGCGACGCGUUCGCGUGUGGCCGAGAGAGCGAGAGAGAGAGAGAGAGAGAGAGAAAGCGAGAGAAAGCGAGAGAAAGCGAGAGAGAGAGAGAGAGAAAACAAGAGAGAAAGAGAAAGAGAGAGAGAGAGAAAAAGCGAUAGAGACCGGAGAGCGUGGAUCUCGAGAGGCGCGGAUGCGUAGGAUGUAUCUCGCGGUAUUAUUCCUUCUUGUAUAGUUUAUAUACGGUAAUUUAUGUCGUUGUGAGAGGACAAUAUUUUGCAGUUGACGCGUGAGGAUCGCGCGACGAACACGACGGAAACACGACACCGUUUUCUUUAACAGGCGAGCCGAGGAAAAACCGAGGAUCGCGCGUGCGGACUGAUCGAUGUGUGUGCGUGUGCCGUGUGCUUGUGUCGUUGAUCGUCGAUCGAUCGGGCCAGUUUUUUUCGGAAUGUUGAUCGUGUGAUAUAUUCAGAGAGUUUAGCGGUUCGAGACGGACGUUGAUUGAUUAUAAUGUUGUUGGCUGAGAGAGAGAGAGAGAGAGAGAGAGAGAGAGAGAUCGGAGAGAAAGGGAAAACGUUGAUCGGCGUGAUUUCAUUCGACUUUUAUCGGGCAAACUUUUUUCUCGACCCCACCGAGUCUCGUUCCUUUGGUAUAACCGCCGUUCGGAUGAUCUAGGUGCGAACGGACGCGAACGGAGCGACGCUCGCGUCGCGACGUGCCGACGAAACAAUCGUAGCCCUAAAUCGGCGGGGAAUCGCGAGGGAUCGGUCGCGCGGUUUAGGCGAUCGGUUUAGGGGUGCCCGCGGUUCACGGGGUCAGGUCGUCCGUGACCGACGAUAGGUAAGCCUAGAUCGCAUUGUACAUACGAAUUCAUAAUCGAUAAACAAAAAACGAAAAAUGUAUCAUGUUAUAGAGGAACGUCAAGCGCGAAUCAAAGCGGCGGAGGUAAAACGAAAGAAAACGACAAAAAAAUGAAAAUAAACAACGUAACACACACUCACACGAACUAAUAAAAAAACAAGAAAAACAGAAACGAAAUGUCGGGAGAACGGUGACGAACGGAGCGGCGACGAAACACCCGAAGUAACGGAACUAUAAUACUGUAAAGAAAACGAAAAAAAAAACAAAAAUAUUCAUCGACGUGGAUACUGUUUCAAUAAAUGUAAUGAUGAUAUAAAACGAAAA